AUGGAGGCGCUUGUUGCUGACUGGGUGCGGGGGGCGGUGGGGUGUAUAGGCAGCUCGCUUGAGGAGGCGUGGGGUGUAGAUGGAAGCUCGCUUGAGGAGGCGUGGGGUGUAGAUGGUGCUGCUGUUGCGGUGUCUGCGCUGCUGCAGCGGCAGCUGCUGCAGCUGCAGGGUGAAGUACAGCAGCAGCAGCAGCAGACACACGGUGCUGCUGCAGUGCUUGCAGAGUUUGCUGCUCCCUCUCCUGCUGCUGCUGCUGCUGCUGCUGCUGCUGCUGCUGCUGCAGCAGCAGAUGAAGACAACAGCGAAAGAGAACGCAUUGAGUUUCUCUUUGGGCACGAGGGCCAGCAGCAGCAGCAGCAGAUGAAGACAACAGCGAAAGAGAACGCAUUGAGUUUCUCUUUGGGCACGAGGGCCGGUGGCAGCUGCUGCGGGGUCUGUCUGUCUUUGGGUGUGCUGACGACGCAGCAGCAGCAGCAGCAGCAGCAGCAGCAGGAGCAGCAGGAGGAAAUACAGCUGCGUCUGGUAAAGCCCUCAAGGACCGCGAGCAGCAGCAGCAGCAGCAGCAGCAGCAACUGCAGCAGCAGCAGCAGCAAGAAGAUGAAUACUGGAGAACCCUCAUCGGCUUUGUGCGAACCCAAAAACUAA